AUGCAGCGAAAGCUUCGUGAACUCUACCACGUCGCGACCGAGCCAAAUGGCCUCCCCAACUUCGACUUCACGAACCCCGACGCGCCGCCCACCACACCAGGCGAAAAUCAGUUUCUCGUUGACUCCGAUAUUUUACAAGGACGCAACCUGAAUGAAUCGAAGAUCCCUCCGCGACCGAAACUCAAUCUCGAGACUUUAAAACAGUAUAUUGCAGGUUCACGAUCAGUUCCGGAUGAAAAUGCUCCCAUCGCGUCGAGCAAACAAAGCCAGGAUGCCGUAAAGGCAUCUCUCAAGACAGAAACUAACUCUACCAAUGGUCCAGCCGAUGUCCUCCGGGUCCUCGAUCAUGCUGUACAGACAAGACACUCACCUGCGCCUCCUGUAGAUGCCAACGAGGGCCAGAUCUUGACGGAGGACGUGUCAAAGGCUGCAUCAACAAAGGCGCACAAGACGCAACCACCCGAGUCGCUGAGUUCAACAUUAACUCCUGCAGCGACUGAUAUCCCCGCAGAAGGAGGCGACCUAGAGGUGGGCAAGACGGGUAUCGAAUCAACAUCUAAAUCCUCGACGACGAGCCAGAAGCGGAUCGGAAAGGAUGGGCGCACUCUACCAGCCCGAGAUGGAGACGAGCGUCAAAAGAAGCGACAGGCGGACGCCAAACACCCUGCUCAGCAGUCAUUGGUUCCCGAAUCAAUGGAUGUUGAUGAGAAGACAGAACUCGUCGGUGCCGACAAUGGAUCGACCACACAGACAGCAACGACUCCAGCCAUUCACGAUGUGUCGACAGAUACCAGCCCUGACAACGAGGACUCGCAAUAUAAUGAGGAUGAGAAUGCUGGGGUUGAGCCGGAGAAACCGGACGGCAAUCAGGCUCUGCCCGAAGCACAGGAUAUUGACAUGAAAGAUGCUGGUGAUCUUCCUGAUCCCACGUCAUUACAAGAGGCCAAUGCACAAUUGCUUAAAGAGUCACAGGCCAACAAAUCAGAAGAAAAUGCCGUUGUCCCAAGUCGCGACCAGGGUGGUAGUCUACCUUCUGACGACUACUUCACCACUCUAUUUGUCGAUGGUUUUACUCGACAGUCCAAAUGGAUGAAGUCUAUCGAAGUCAUCCUGGGCCAGGCUCAUAAGACUGUCUCAACUGAUGACUGCGCUAUCUCACUGCUUGAAAACCAAGCAUGCAAAGUGCUCAGACGAGUUUAUCAUCUGCAGCAGAACGACAAAUGGUCUUUGAGGCAGCCGAAGAGGUGCCCAGAACCAACGCGGCCCUCAUCACACUGGGAUGUUCUUCUCCAGGAGAUGAAAUGGAUGCGUACUGACUUCCGAGAGGAGCGAAAAUGGAAAAGAGCUGUUGCCCGUAAUCUUGCCGAUGCAUGCGCCGAGUGGGUUGCCUCGGAUCCCGAACAGAGGAAAGCGCUGCAAGUCAAGGCACUUAUUCCGUCGCCUAUCAAAGGUGACACCAGUCAAGAUCCUGCGCCAGAUUCUGCCAAGGACGCAGAGAUAGACUUUCUUCCGACUCCGGUGCCCGAUUUGGUUCAUACUGGAGAUGCCGAAUCUCCUAUGGACGUCGACGAAGAGAUCAAUGACUGGCCAGUUGAUACUAUUGCACCAUCCGCCAUCUUUGCGUUGCAGGAUGAUGAGGUUAUCUUUGGUCUUAGGAAAUCGACAAUGUCUGAUCAGCUUCUAGACGAGUUGCCGAUGUACGGCGCGCCGCUAAAAGCACCUAAAUUUGACCUGACAGGAUCAGACUCUGAUCCCGAUGCUCACUGGCGCCGGCCAGCUCUUCCGCUCAGCAAGUAUGUUGAGGGUCAAAUGGUCAUAUCCUCUAGCGGCCCGCCGUGUAAAAGAAGUCGCUACAGGUAUGAGGAAGAGGAGGAGAGCAGCGGCGAUCGAGUUCUGUUCGACAAUGAACCAGCAGAUCUGAGUAAAGCCGGGCCAGAGAAUAAGGAUGUUGCUCUCUUCAAUCCGGAUAUGAAACCUAUCCGCGAUCGCCUCCAUGCUGGACAUCAAUUCAGACCGCCUACGGAGUUCAAUAUGCCGCUCCAAAGCUUCUAUGAAAGCCGCAUGGCUUCGCAAUGGACAUGGGCUGAAGAUGAUGAGCUCAAGGCCCUUGUGCGCGAAUACUCGUACAAUUGGUCACUUAUAUCGAGCAUGAUAUCCACAAAAUCAUGCUUCGCUUCCGGCGCAGAGCGACGUACGCCCUGGGAAUGCUUUGAGAGAUGGGUGCAGCUUGAGGGCUUGCCUAAUGACAUGUCCAAGACGCAAUAUUUCCAGACUUAUCAGAAACGCAUUGAUGCCGCUCAACGGGUGAUUAUGCAACAAAGUCAAGCAGCGCAGCAGCAGGUUGGUCCCAACGGUGCUGUGACACCGGUGCCCAGGCGGAGACCGACGACCACGGUGCGUGUGGAGCGUCGUCGCAACCAGAAGCACUUGGCCUUGAUUGAUGCAAUGAGAAAGCUUGCAAAGAAACGUGAGACGACGAUUCAAAAGCAGCAGCAUGCCGCGUCGCUGGCCGCUAUGAGGAAGGCCAACGAAGUACAGCAGCAGAGAGGCCCGAACAAGACGCCAAGGGACUACAGUCUGAUGAGAUGGGAGCGUGAUCAGCAAUUGGCUGAAAAGAUGGCACAGUACGCCCAGCGACAGCAAGAGGUACACCGACGGGUAAGACAACUAGCAAAGAUCCUCAAAGUCUCAAGUAGCGAGAGAAGCUAA